AUGGCGCAACUACGGAGCAUGGGUUCAGGAACUGACGUGCUUUCCAUGUCUGCAAAAUCUACAAGAGCCACUCUACCGCAUGCAUCAGCGCCUCCUUCAUAUGUCUCUGUCGCCGAAGCCGAGAAGUUGGUCUACGCGGAGAUUGAUCGUCUAGUCAAGAUUUCAAAUAAUGCGGUUGCCAUGCUCAAUGGAUUUCUGGAUCAGAUACUCUAUGACAUCCUCUCCAAAUCGCAAUCGACAGCAUUGGGAGCGGUCCGAGCUGCAGUUCCGCUGGUCUUGAAACAGAGACUGGGACGUGCAGCUAUAAAGGCUGCUGACGAGGAAUUACAAGACUAUUUGGAUGAAGACGAACUGGAAAAUAUCCAAAACCACCAAGCCAUCCUUGACCCCAAAGCCGAAUUCGAUGUCGAUCUUGCUUGGAAACUCACCAGGCUGCGCUGCAUGGUUUAUGCAAAGCUAGGUGACAUGGAGGAAGAGGACGAAGAGGAUUACCUGGAAGGUGAUGAUGUGAGGGACCAUUUAAGUCAAGUAAAAGAGGCAUACAGGUCUUCUGCAAGAAUCUCCCCACACUCUGCAAUCUUCCUAUCCACCGUCCUUGAGUUUCUCGCCGAGCAGGCUCUAUGUAUAGCAGCGCAACAUGCGAGACGGCGAGCAAUGUACCUCAAGGACGCGGGUCGAGAAACCGCUCCAAUCCAGCACCACGCAGAGCCAGACGGAAUUUUCUUGGAAGAGAUAGAUAUGUCAGGCAUCGGCAAAGAAGGGCCUCUAAUACGACUUUGGCGGUCAUGGAAGGGAAGUGUCCGGACUGGUGGCAGCAUGUCCUCACGCCCUACGACACCCAACGUUAUGUCGCCUAUCAGCUCUGAAUCUCCCAUGCACGAAUGGAAAUUCCCUUCCGCACCAGUGAUCCCGCCAAUUCAGGAAGAAGGGAGUCGAUCCGUUACGCCAGCAAACGUACCUCUACCGAUGACUGAGAAUGAUGUCAAUGAAAUAGAGGUGCCGGGGUUGGCGCGUACUUUCGAAGAGUUGGAGAACAACGAGACGCGUCCUAGUCUUGGAGACCGACGGCCCACGAGUAUGUUAAUCAUGCCUGGGCAAUUCCCAAGUUCGGCAGCGGCCGAUGAACAUCCAGACAGGCCACGCCCGAGCAGAAGGAGGUCCAGAUCGGUACCUACUUCGAAAGCUUCUUCCGGCGCACAGUCGAUGUCUCAAUCGGAACUCGCUCCAUCUCGACCUAUAGGUGGAUCUAAGGAUGAUAUGGACCUCUCGGAGAAGCUCGACGAGGAUACUCAAUCGCCUCAGGGGGAAGGCAGAUCUGGUUUGCGUUCAACUGCAAUCGGUGCCACUGUUGCUACAAUCGCUGGCGCGCUGAACAUAGAGGCAGCAAAAGCUCUCCGGAGAGAUCGACCGAGCUACGAGUUCGCUUCGCCAGUUUCGGCUGAAUCUACCAGAGAAGAACAAUUGCCAAGCAACAGAGCAGAUGACUUCGAACAGACACAUAACCCAGUGUCAGGGAUUGGCAUGGCUGUGGUGGAGGAAGAGUCACAGGAAGCUGCAGUCGAUCCGGAAGACCUGGCUUUGAGCUCCAGCGAUGGUGAAGGAGACCAGAUCGGAAAUGAUCACACCAAUCCCAGGGAUUCUGGGUUCAGCGUUGCUGGACCCGGGGAUACUAUUCAUGAGCAUGAGCAAGAGGAUGCCACGGACGAAGGAGAACACGUGGUCGCACACAACUAUGACCCUAGACUAGCUCAAAGAGAAAGUGCGGCUGCUAGUCGAACUUCGAGGUAUUCGAAUCUGGGAUAUGCUACGAUCUUCCAAACACCGGAUACAAUAAGCUCAGGCUACAGCAAUGCGAAUUCUACCGGCUCGUUUGUGCAGGGAAUGGCGCCUUCCCAGAACCCUGGUGUUAACUCAACUACCACAACACCAAGCACAACAUCUACAUGGCCAGCAGUCAUUCCAAAUAGGGGAUCCUCCUUGGACCAUCAAAACACCGAAGGUGUGCGAAAUGAACCACGAGUCCCUCAACAUCCCCCACCACCCUAUCAUUCAGCGGAAGACCAAGAGGCGGCGGAAAACCCACAAGAGUUACACUCGCGAUAUGCGACCUUGGGCAUGACUACGCAGAACGGCCGCGCAAGAAGCGAAAGUGCGAACGGAAGACCAUCAACAUCAGGUUCUGGAACAGUUCGACGGCAACACAUUCGGCUUCGUUCAGAUAACGAGGAAGGGUGGCCACGAGAAGACUUUGAUAGAACGAAAAAGAGUCUUGAUCUCCUGAUUGACAGCAACGAAACACUCCAUUAUACUCUGACGCCUGCUUCUGCCAAUGUGGGAGGAAAGUUCAAGGUGAAAAGCCAGACGCAGGAAUUGGCAGACUUCUUCCGAACCACCGCGCCUCCGGGAGAAGAAGUGCGGCCGAAGUCAUCUCGUUCUGCAAAGGAUGGCCUCCGAGCAAACCCUACUAAUUCAAUUUCAGCCAAGUCAUCCCAUCCUCAAAUGCCUAGCCAGCAAUCUACUCCCUCGCCUUCUAAGCCGAGGAAUCGUCUGGGUGAACCGCGUGAAGCGCGGAUGGUGCGAAACAAUACUCGAGAUCUCGCUGAUUAUGCUCGUUCUACCGGACCGGAAAAUGAUGCACAGCUUCCGAAAUUGCUCGCCGCACGUCCUGCCACCGCUCAAGGCGCCCGGUCGGAUCUGUCUCUUAGAGAAAAGGUCUUUGGAGUUGACAGUGACACCCGUCCUAGCACAACAUCUGGGAAGUCUUCGACUCGGUCGAAGUACCAGGCUAGAGAUGCUAGAGGGCCUCGAACGGCGGAAAGUUCUGAUUUAAUUGACUUUAUCAGAGAAGGGCCUCCACGAGCUGCUGGCGAACACCGCAUUGAUAGGAGCGUGGCCCCGUUUCGAACAACGAUGGAUUCUGACGAUUUGAACGCGCUGGCACCUCCACCUGAGCUCGACACCAGGGGACGUAACUCUGAUGGCAGCGCCCAAGAAAGUGCAAUGACGGUCAAAUCAAUGCCCUCAUCAAUGAACUCACGCACUGGAUUACUGGAAUCUACAAAUCGUGCGGCCGGGAAGUUCACGAAUGGGUUUGGAUCCUCUGCAACUGCGAUAUCGAAACAACCCGUCAUUCCCGAGACGGAUGGCACGCCCAAGAGGACUCGACCGAAAAUCCGAGAUCCAUACGCGAUUGAUUAUUCUGACGAGGAGGAGGAAGACAUGGAAGAGGCAUAUGAACCGCCCAAGCGAAGGACCGAUGAAGAAUCACUUGUUGACUUCCUGAGGAACACUGCGCCUCCUCCUGGCAUGACGACUCAACCCAUUCUUGCUGCAAUACCCGGCCCUACUCAGCCGGAUCCCGCAAAUAUGAUCAGACAGUCUACUAGCAGCUCCAAGCUGAAAGACCUUCUACCUGGUGGCUCGGUGUCAUCGGCCAGGAAUAAUCCACAUGCAAACGGGAACGGUGCAACACCCAACACACGACCAGUCAACAUUGCGCGCGCAGAAUCUCCACACUUGACGCAGGUAGGAUCAAAAUUGGACAAAUACCGGCCUACAACAACCACACAUGCUCCGCAUGUCGAGCGAAACAGACAAAAAAUGCGUGUCCAACCGAGAGAUGCCACUACAAGCUCGAAUGGUGGUGGCACUGCAGAUCUGGCUGCGUACCUGAUGAACUCGGGGCCACCACCAGGCAUGAACGAGAAGCCGCCACAGAAACUUGGAGGUGCGGUGCAAAAGGAUCAAGCAGGGUUUCUGAAAUUCUUCCAGAGGAGAGCAAGUGUGAGAAAGUGA